AUGGAUCAAGAUCGCUUCGGUGCGGAGGGUCCGCCUCAGGCGGCACUCAACACGAGCCCUGUGAAGCCUCGUGGCUCUCCCACGGCCAUGCCUGGUCCGACUGGUCUAGAAGGAAUUUCUACCAAUUCCACCAAUUCUGCCGGCAGCGAUAAUGGCGUGCCGAUACGCCAGUACGGCUCAGCGACCGUGAACGCUAGCUACAUCCACUACCAGCCCACCUUCCAGCAUCAGCCGCAGGCUUUGGGUCAGGAUCAGCGGGUGCCUCACGACAAUCUUGCAAUUCCCAACCAGCAGACUGUUGAGAACCACAACCAGCCUGCUAUCCACAGCCACUUCGCUGACCCUUACACUGCCGUCCCCAAGGCACCAGCGAUUCAGGAGAAGCCCAACCCCGAGAGCCAGCAGUUGCCCCAGGCUCAGUACGUGCCCCAGAACCAGCAAAUUCCCCCGAACAUGGUUCAGAAUCCCCCAAACAUCCAACACCAGAAUCACCCAAACAUCCACCACUGGCAAUACCAUGCCAAUGUCCAGAACUUUGGCUGUCCUGCUCCAGCGGCCCCGACCGUUCAGGCUGGGUCUCAACCAUGGGCUGUACAGCUAUCACAGUUCCAGCCAACUGAAGAGGACAUCGCGAAGGUUCAAGGCUGGAUGGACGAAGGCGGCCACAAGUUCGGACGCCGCAUCCACAACUUUCGAGAGAUGCAGAAAUACAAAGAGGCUGAGAGGCUGAGGAGGGUGAAGAGAACGCCUGAUCUGGCACAGGAUCUGCCCACAACUGAGGCCCAACAGAGUGAGUUGGCAGAGCGCCUAUUCAACGCCUUCAAGGCUUGGAGGGCGGAUGCCCCCGGUUGGACAAAGCAGGCAGUCAAGAAAAUCAGGACCCAGAACAACUUCAUUCAAGAGCUGACGGGGUGGAUGCUCCUGUCGGCAUGUGUGAGAGCGCAGGAGGGCACUUUGCUGCUUUCCGACAAGAGGUACUCCGUCGUGGAGUACCCGAGCUUCACGACACGAUUCGACGCCAUCGAGGACGGACUCAAGAAUAAUGCGCACUUCGCUGGCAGUGCAUUUGAAUCGGACGAGUGGAUCAACCGCAUCGCCGCAGACCCAUAUGAGGAAUUGAGGUUCAAGCGCGAAGCCAAGAGCACGAACGAUCAGAAGUACGAGGCGCAGAGGGAGGCGACCAAGGCGAAGCGCAGCAGGGCCAACUCUACCGUGAAUAACCCCGGGACAGGAGCUGCAGCAGCAUCUGUCACGCCCAGCAUCGCGAAUACUGGUUCGCGCCGCGCUUCGAAUGUCUCUGCAAAGCGCCAGAGGACUCAGAAUACCGAGCCCGAGGCCGAUGAGGUCAAGCAGGAGAACAGCCAGCCUCAGCUGCCGGCCAGCCAGAAGCAACAGAAUCUUCAGUCGCCUCAUCAGCAGCAUCACGGCCAAACCAACCGACCUGCCGUCCUGAACCGCACCCGGACUGGUCUCAACGCUCAGCCGCGGAUGAACAACCACGCCCAGGCAAAUAGAAAGCCCCAGGGCAACUACACCCAGGGCAACAACUACAUCCCGGCCAAGUUCGCGCCCGGAACUUACAACCCGGCUCCUGCUCAAGGUCCCAUCAGCAUGCCGAUGCCUGAUGGACCGGCGGACGAGAUUUUUGCCAGCGUCAUGGACCCGACCUGCACCUUUCCUCUGGAUGUGGACGAGAACGGCUACUUUAUUCGGGCUCAUCAUCCGGCCAACAACCUCCAGGGCCACGUCCCUGUCAACGAGCAGCCGCAAGCCUACAACAACAUGAUGAUGCCCAACCCCAUGGCCGCACAGAACACCAGCUUCGCCCCUGUUCAGCUCGACCGCUAUGGUUUCCCUGUGUGGCAGCCUGGUGAGGGCGGCUAUGCCAUGAGCCAGCCGAAUCAAGGCGGCUAUGCAAUGCCCCCAUCCAACCGCCCCAUCGCUCAUGCGAGCCAGCCUCGUCAGGGUCGCCCUGCGACCACCCAGCAGGGCAUCGCUUCUGCGAGCCAGCCCAGUCACGGUGGCCCUGCGAACACCCAGCAUACUGCUGAUAUACAGGAGCCGCCGAUUGGCCUGGACGGCUGCUACCUUUACAACCCCAAUGAUCCUCUGGCUCCGUCUGGCCGUCCGUGCAACGAGAUGUCUCACUCCACUCAGCAGGACGGUGUCACCGAGGACGAGGGAGCGAACGAGGCCAAUAUGCAGUUGGAGAACACACUGGGCAGCGAAGGCGCGAAGCAGGCGGAGCGUGGCGAGCAGAAGGCUCAGGAGGAGGAGUGGGAGACGUUUGAUUCCGGAUCGUUGUUCGGCUCGGACGAGUCCGAUGGUGCGGACACGUAA